CAUGUCAGGUGAUCAAACCACUCAUGAAGGUCACGCUUGAUUUCCCAGACGUCUAGUCCACUUCUGACUUAGCGCAACCAUCCUUAGCGUCCCACACUGUGAAAAUAUUCAGAACUUUUCGAACUUUUCAUAAGUGAAUCUACAACCUCAACGACAACACCAAACUUUCAAAUCCAAACAGCCGGAGCGCAUUAUCCAAUUUCAAACCCGCAGAGAUGGCACCAACAACUAAGAAGGCUAAGAAGACCGCCGACUCCAUCAACAGUCGUUUGGCACUUGUUAUGAAGUCCGGAAAGGUCACUCUCGGAUACAAGUCUACUCUCAAGCAACUCCGAUCUGGAAAGGCCAAGCUCGUCAUCAUUGCCGGAAACACCCCUCCUCUCCGCAAGUCUGAGCUCGAGUACUACUCCAUGUUGUCCAAGACUCAAGUUCACCACUUCUCCGGUAACAACAUUGAGCUCGGUACUGCUUGCGGUAAGCUCUUCAGAUGUUCCACCAUGGCUGUUUUGGAUGCUGGUGAUUCCGAUAUUCUCUCUAGCCAAGCUGCAUAGAUUAGGAAUAUCAAUCAUUAGUAUUAGUUGUCGAGGUGGAGAAAUUCUAGAUGAAGGAAUAAGAUCAGUCAAGAUUGAUUAAUCUUUGACAUGUAUCAGUAUGCACCUCUUGCAUAGCUUUAUAGCAUUACAAAAUGAUAUACCUUUAUUCUAGGAAACAGUUUCCACUCUUAUGUCCUAUAUUGUCUAUGUUGAUAUGUGUGUUACCCGAUUCAUGUUCACUGUGACUCACACCGGCU